AUGAAUCUCCAUUCCAUAGUUUCUUUACCUUCUCUACUUCCUGUCUCUGCAACUCCUAACCUUCCCCCACUAUUCAGAAAAUAUCCAACAACUUCUUUUCCACCACAUAAGGGUCAAAGCAUUUCAUUAAAGAAGAGUCACAUAUCAACACUUUUGGAUCCAAACAAGCACCAUAAUUUUCAAGAAGCACUUUCAUUUUUAAAAGAGGGUAAAGAAGAAGUAGAUGGAUCUUUCUACAUUCCCUUAUUACAACAAUGCUUAGAAAAUGGCUCUUUUUCAUCCACACAAAUUAUUCACUGCCACAUAGUGAAAACAGGUAACCAUGAAGACUCUUUUUUGGCAACAUUUUUGGUCGGUGUUUAUGCCAAAUGCGAUAAAAUGGAGUGUGCUCAAAGAACAUUUGAUCACAUAAACCGAAAAAAUGUUGUUUCUUGGACCCAUUUAAUGAAAGGUUAUGUGCAAAACUCGAUGCCAAAACAUGCUAUACAUUUCUUUCGAGAGAUGUUGUUACAUUCAGAGUGUAACCCUUCAACUCACACUCUUGCUAUAGCCCUUAAUGCUUGUACAUCUUUGCAAUCUUUGAAGUUAGGAGAACAAUUACAUGCUUACUUAAUCAAACGCGAUUUUGAUUCUGACACAAGUAUCGGCAGCGCACUUUGUAGUUUAUACUCUAAAUGUGGUGGUAGGUUGAGAUUCGGUCUAAAAGCAUUUAGAAGAAUCAGAGAAAAGGAUGUUAUUUCUUGGACUGCGGCGAUUUCUUCUUGCGGCAAGAAUGGUAAAACUAAGAAGGGUUUGAGAGUUUUUGUUGAGAUGCUUUUAGAUGAAGUGCUGGUUCAGCCUAAUGAGUAUACAUUAACUAGUGUAUUGAGUCAGUGUUGUGAGGUUAUGUGCUUAGAGUUUGGGAUUCAGGUUCAUUCUUUGUGCACUAAAUUAGGGUACGAAUCAAACCUACGCGUUCGGAAUUCUUUAUUGUAUUUGUACAUUAAAUGCGGUUGUAUUGAUGAAGCUCAAAGAUUGUUUAAAGGAAUGGAUGAUGUCAGUUUGGUUACUUGGAAUGCUAUGAUUGCUGGACAUGCACAGAUGAUGCAACUUUCAAAGGAUAAUUUUUCUGCGUACAGAAGUGGAAGUGAAGCACUCAAAUUUUUCUCCGAGUUGAAUCGAUCUGGAAUGAAACCCGAUUCUUUUACCUACUCAAGUGUGUUGAGUGUUUGCAGUAGAAUGAUGGCUUUAGAACAAGGCGAACAGAUUCAUGCUCGGACGAUCAAAACCGGCAAUUUAUCCGAGGUUUUUGUAGGUUGUUCUACGAUUAAUAUGUAUAACAAAUGUGGAAGCAUUGAGAAAGCAAGCAAAGUUUUUCUAGAGAUGUCUAUCAGAACAAUGAUUUUAUGGACUUCCAUGAUUACUGGUUUUGCACAGCAUGGUUGGUCAAAACAAGCAUUGAAUCUUUUCGAGGAUAUGAAACUUGUAGGAGUUAGACCUAACCAGAUCACUUUUGUUGGCAUUUUAUCGGCUUGUGGAAGUGCAGGCAUGGCCAACGAAGCAUUCAAUUACUUUGAGAUUAUGCAAAAGGAAUAUAAAAUUAAACCUGUGAUGGACCAUUAUGCCUGUUUGGUUGAUAUGUUAGUGAGGCUCGGUCAGCUUGAGGAAGCUUUCGAUUUUAUAAAGAAAAUGGAUUAUGAGGCUAGUGAGUUUAUUUGGUCAAAUUUGAUUGCUGGUUGUCUAAGCCAAGGGAAUCUAGAAUUGGGAUGUGAUGCGGCAGAAAAGCUAUUAAGUCUCAAACCGAAAGAUACCGAGACAUAUGCAUUGCUAUUGAGUACGUACGUCUCAGCCGGGCGGUUCGAGGAAGUUUCUUUGGUGAAGAAUAUAAUGAUAGAAGAGAAAAUCGAAAAGUUAAAAGAUUGGAGCUGGAUUAGCAUCAAAGACAGAGUGUAUUCAUUUGAAACAAUUGACAAAGCACACCUAGAAACUUUACUAGUAAGUAAAUCAUUGGAGGAUUUACUUGUGAAAGCGAAGAAUCUUGGAUAUGAGAUGUUAGAAAGUGUGGAAAUAAGUGACAAAGAACAUGAAGAAUCUUCCUCUACCAUUUAUCAUAGUGAGAAGCUAGCUAUUACAUUUGGGUUGGAGAAUUUGCCGAAUUCAUCGCCAAUAAGAAUUGUGAAGAAUACCUUAAUGUGCAGGGAUUGCCAUAAUUUUGUGAAGUAUAUCUCAACACUGACUAGUAGGGAAAUCAUUGUUAAAGACAGUAAGAAGCUACAUAAAUUUGUCGAUGGACAGUGCUCAUGUGGGAAUAUUGGUGGUUUUCUCUGA